UCCGGGGUUGCUGUUCUGCCGCCACCGCCGCUGCGGCUCCGGGGUGCGGGCCGGCCGGGGGCGGCGGAGGAGGGGCCGGCUGAGCCCCGUCGAGGACGCGGCGCUGCCGGGAGCGGCGGACAUCCUGACAGCCCUGUGGCAGAAUGCCCCACAAGAUCGGCUUCGUAGUUGUCAGCUCCUCUGGACACGAAGACGGCUUCAGUGCCCGGGAGCUAAUGAUCCACGCACCGACCAUCAGCGGCUGGAGGUCGCCGAGAUUUUGCCAGUUUCCACAAGAAAUUGUCCUGCAAAUGGUGGAGCGGUGUCGAAUACGAAAGCUGCAGCUGCUGGCUCAUCAGUACAUGAUCGCCAGUAAAAUUGAGUUCUACGUCAGCGAGAGCCUGCCCGAGUAUUUCGUGCCGUAUCAAGCCGAGCGCUUCCGGAGGCUGGGCUACGUCUCUCUGUGUGACAAUGAAAAGACAGGUUGCAAAGCCCGGGAACUAAAAUCAGUUUAUGUGGAUGCAGUAGGACAGUUUCUUAAGCUGAUUUUUCACCAAAACCACAUCAACAAGUACAACGUAUAUAAUCAGGUUGCUUUGGUUGCCAUAAAUAUCAUUGGAGAUCCUGCAGAUUUCGGUGACGAAAGCAAUAUCCCCUCUAGGGAGAAGCUGAUUGACCACUAUCUGGGGCACACGGCGGAGGACCCCGCUCUCGAAGGAACUUGUUCUGGCAAGUCUGACUAUAUUUCCCCACUGGACGACCUGGCGUUCGACAUGUACCAGGACCCCGAGGUGGCGCAGAUCAUCCGCAGGCUGGACGAGAGGAAGCGCGAGGCGGUGCGGCAGGAGCGCUAUGACCAUGCCAAGAAGCUGAAACAAGCCAUCGCCGACCUGCACAAGGUAGGCGAGCGGCUGGGCAGGUACGAGGUGGAGAAGCGCUGUGCCGUGGAGAAGGAGGACUAUGACCUGGCCAAGGAGAAGAAGCGGCAGAUGGAGCAGUACCGCCUCCGCGUAUACCAGCAGCUGCAGCUGCACGACCUGGCGGGCGCCGAGCUGAUGCGAAGGCCUUUGGAUCUGCCGCUCCAGCCCCUCGUCCGUUCGGGCAGCCCUCGCCACCAGCAGCCUGUGCUCCCGCCACCACAGCCGGAAGAAAAGGGGACAGAAACCCAGCUCGCAGCCCCUUUCCUUGAGGAGAAGCCUUCAUCACGCCUCCUGGAGGCCUCCCCGCAGCAUCCCACCGUGCACCGGCCCCCUCCCGCCGCAGACCCUCCUCCCAAGACCCACCUUGAGUCCCUGCCCUACGACGAACGGCCCCUUCCCGUGACCCACAAGCAGCCCGGGGGGGUGGCUGCAGAACCGGAGCCGGAGAGGAGCGCCAUGGAGCCGGCCGAGGCUCCCCGGGGAGGUGUUGUGGGCGAGCCGGAGCCGCUCACAGAGAAGGCCCUGCGUGAAGCCAGCUCUGCCGUGGACGUUCUGGGCGAGGCCUUGGUGGCCGCCGCCUAUUCCAAGACAUGGUCGCACCGGGAGGAGUCGCUACUGGCACUGUCCACACAGCUGGCCGACCUGCCGCUCGGGACCCCGAAGGAGGCCGUGAAGAACGCGUUGCGGGCGGCCGUCUUCCUCGUCAGGAGGGCCGCCCGAGACAUCGUGACCCCGGUCUUCCAGGCCUCUUUGAAAUUGUUGAAAAUGAUCAUCACACAGUAUAUUCCUAAACAUAAACUGAGCAAACUUGAAACAGCUCACUGUGUGGAAAGAACCAUUCCCAUUUUGCUCACGAGAACUGGAGAUUCUUCUGCUCGCCUCCGUGUUAUUGCUUCAAAUUUUAUUCAGGAAGUGGCCCUGUUUAAGGACGUCCGGUCUCUCCAGAUCAUCCCGUCCUACCUGGUCCAGCCGUUGAAAGCAAACUGCUCGGCUCACCUGGCCAUGAGUCAGAUGUCCCUGCUGGCCCGGCUGCUGAAGGACCUGGGCACAGAGGGCACGGGCUUCACCGUGGACAGCGUGAUGAAGUUCUCAGUGCGGGCGCUAGAGCACAGGGCGCGCGAGGUUCGCGAGGCGGCGGUGAGGAUGAUCCUGGACCUGUACGCGCAGCAUCGCGGCCCCGUCCUGGAGCACCUGCCACCCGACGACAGCGCCGCCCGCAGGAACGUCCUGUACAAAACCCUCUUUGAGGGAUUUGCCCGAAUAGACGGCAGACCUGCGGACGCCCAAGUCAGGGUCAUCCCGCACCAGGUGCAGAAAAGAGCAGCUGCAGACGAGGCCGAGGAGCGAAAGAAGGAAGAAAUGAAAGCUUUGCACAGGCAGCUGGCAGCCCUGGAGGGCGCGCAGGCGGAGACCCAGGACAAGGAGAACCAAGCCGCAGAGGCCAGGAGGCCGGCCCCUCAAGGAAGGGAAGCGGCCCCACCUCGUGCUCCGGAAAUUCCAGAGAAUCACGACUUAGACAACUUGUGCAUCUUCUGUGGGGAAAGGAGCGAGGCCUUCACCGAGGAGGGCCUGGACCUGCACUACUGGAAGCACUGCCUCAUGCUGACACGAUGCGACCACUGCAGACAGGACAUGGGGUCUUCAGCAAGGUGUGCCGAGUGGCUGCGGAGAUCACAGACGGUGGUGGAGAUUUCCAGCCUGACGGAGCACCUGCUGACGGAGUGUGACAGGAGGGACAGCUUUGGGAAGUGUUACCGCUGCAGCGAGGCUGUCCUCAAGGAGGAGCUGCCCAGACACCUGAAGACGAAGGACUGUAACCGUGAGCCCCGGCCCUGGGUCCCCCAGGGGCUUGGCCGCGGGGUCGGGGUGGGAGGUCAGACCUCAGGUCCGCCGGCGCCCCUGCUCUUCUGCCCCCAUUCAUGUGUCACAGGAGUGACACGGUCUUGUCUCGAUGAAAUCAUUUCAGCUGCGAAACCAGAGAAGCUGGCAAACCGCUGUCCUCUGUGCCACGAGAACUUCAGUCCCGGAGAAGAGGCCUGGAAGGCUCACCUGAUGGGCCCCGCGGGCUGCACGCUGAACCUGCGCCGCACGCACCUGCUGCCCAGGCCGCCCGCGCUGCCGCCGGGUAAAGGCCCAGCCACGACCACGUCAGGGACCUCAGGACCGAGGGGCGGAAGCAAGAUCCCCACCCCCAAGGGGGGCCUGAGUAGGCGCUCCGGCAGGACGUGCACAAAGCGGUGACACGACACGCGUCUGUCCCCUUUGUCCCCAAAGGUCCGAGCAGCUUUCCUGCCUGAGCACAUCUCCUGGAAGCCUCCCCAGACAUGGACUCCCUCUGCCCUGUUUGUCCCCCCACGGACGCCGUGCGUGGGGCUGACGGAGGCACCGUGUCCCGUCCGGCCCUGACUUCCUGGAGCCCGGCUCACGGCUUCCCCCCUUGCUCAGCCCGGGCUCCCAGGAGGGAGGUUGUUCUGUGCGACGAAAAAUGCACUGGCCGCGGCCACGGGUCCACGUGGAGGGCCCGGCAUCCUCUCUCUUCAUCUUGGAGUGAGUUCCAUAAAAACCUCCUAUAAACCGCUCGCACGUGGGUCUCUGUCAGCCGUGGCCGAAGGCCCGCAGGGCCUGCCGGGCCGGGAGGUGGGACAGGAUGCUGGUCCCGGUGCCCCCCACACACCUGCCCGCCACGUAGGCCUGCGGAGCACGUGUCCACGGCAGCCAGAAGUAAGGUCCAAACAGCGGUUCCUGGAAGGGCCCUCAACUCUCGCCUGCUGAAUGCCUACCUGCCACCCCCACCCCCACCCGGGCAUCUAAACUAACACUAGUGGCUCCAUGCCAGGCCCUCCCUCCGGGCCGCAAGGCUUUACUCUUGUGAAGCCCCCAGGACAGGAAAGGACAUCCCCGAGGGUCCCACUCUCCUGAGCAGGCGUGCCAGCCCAGCAGCCCUUCCUUAAACCCCUGGGGCACAUGUAGGGCUGGUAGAGACUCUAGCCCAAGCGACCUCCUCUGUGUGACACUCCGGGGAGCUUUCCACGCAGGCCAGUGGCCUCAGGACGUCUGUCAUCCUGUCCCGCUCAGACCAGGUCAGAAUUAGCUGAAAGUUCACUUUUCUUGAACCCUCCGCUUGAUACUUUAAACACCAAAAACCGCUUCAAACGAUGAAAGCAAACCUCAGCAUCCAGUCUCCCGACCAGCCCCAGGCAGCCCCCCCCCCCCCCCCCCGUCCCAUGUAAGUGGCUUCAGGUGGCUUCGGGGCACAGCCGGUGUUUGUCUGAAAGCUGCUUGGAAAUGCCACCCUCCGUCCACACCUGUGGUCCCCAGAGGUCCAGUCCACUAGAGGCCCAGAGAAGUUGGCUCUCUCUGUCCCACCCAUGACCAGGGCGGGCUCUCAGGAUGCCAGCCAGAGAUGCAUGGACUCGACCGAAUUGGUACCAACAGCGCGCGAAUGGUUUUGAUUCCCAGCCAAGUGAGAUGACAGAGUGUAUGUUAAAAAGCUGAGCGCGUCUUUCAACACCGCGCUCCCUGGAUGUGCUCGUGACCAUGGGCUUGUACUAAUCCGCCUCCAUUUUUGGUAAAGUAACAUCUCCUCAUGCGGUUGACGCAGAGCACUGAGCAAGACUGAGAAUGCCCUUCAGAAACAGACUCCAUGAAGAGCUUAGAAGAAAAAUGUGAAACUACCAGACAGGGCAGCGGGUGGAUGCUAAAGAAUUACUAAAAACGACUCUCCCUGGUUUCAGGGACGUUGCCAUGAUCGUCCAGUCUGGUGAUGAAGUAGAGAAAAAAGGCUUCUCUAGAGAGAACAGUGGGGAAAAUUAACCACGAAAUUAUGCUUUCCUCCCAAUUAAAACGUUUAAAAAUAUAAAUGUAAUGUUUUCUGUAUAUUACAACUAAAAGAAGGUAUUUGUAAAAACACAUAAUUUUAGUGAUUGACAAAAGUGAGUGCAUUUAAAAUAGACUAGUCUUACUGGUUAUAGAAGAAUCACGUGUUUAUGUUAAAAACGAUUCCUGGCAGUGACCAGUGGCUCUUAAGGGCUUUACAGAGGUAUAUAUGACUAAGGAACCAAGAAUAAAGGGUAAAGAAAUGUAAGAGAAACUGUAAGUUCCUUUGGCCAUUCGUAUUUAGAUAUAAAUAUCUAAACUGGGAACAGUAAUUAAUAACUGAAAUUUCAUAAGUAUGUUGCAGAUAUUUAACAAUAUUUAUUUCUAUUUUCGUAUUUCAGAAUAUCCUAUCUAAUUUAAAAGAAUUGUAUCUAUAAAUUUGGCACAAGAACUCCAUUGUAGAUACUUUUAAUGAAAAUUUGCAGCUUUUUAAUAUUUUGACAUAGUUUUCUAUUUAUUUCAGGUACCAGAAUUAUAAAGUAUCUAAGUAAUAUAUUUUUGUUGUUGUUGUUUUUAGGGCUUAGGGGUUAGUUCUCCCUGAGUAUAUUAAUAAAAAGAUUACUAAAUGUUGUGUCACUUUUACUUUAAGAUUAUAAUUACAAAGUAAACACGCAGGUGUGGCUCAGUCCUGACACCUCAGGAGUGCUGGAGUUUGCUGAGAGAGGGGUAGUGGGCACUGAGUUGCCAGGAGAGAAUUUAGUUCCUUAAAUAAGCUAUUUAUCAAAAUGGGCUUUGCUGAAGAUCCUAAAGCCUUCUUUAAGCAGCAUGUAGAUUAGAGAGGCCUAUUGACCGGUUUUAUCCGCGGGAUAAAAUGCUAUUUUCCUGAGUGCUCUCACGGUGCCUAUCAGAGGUUUGUAGUCUCUUCGUGUGGUUUUUUCCUCUGUGAAAGGGUAUUUUUAUCAGCCAGUGUGGCUAUUUUGCUUUUCAAAUAAGUAAAAAUGCAGUAUUUUCUCUUGA